UUUAACACAAUGCAACGCUGGCGGCCUCAGUUGAGCCCGGGACUGUAGCAGAGAGUGCAGCCACAGCAUGGAUGUCAAACUGCUGCCACUGAUGCUUCUGUUGGCCGUGAUCACACAUGGACCGAUCAGCACCGCAAAGCCUAUCAGUCUGGUGGAGCGGUGCUGGUGUCGUUCCACUCUCAACACGGUUCCUCAGCGCUCCAUCAGAGAGCUCAAGUUCCUGCACACGCCCAACUGCCCCUUCCAAGUCAUUGCCAAGCUGAAGAACAACCGGGAAGUUUGCAUCAACCCUGAAACCAAGUGGCUGCAGCAGUACUUGAAGAACGCCAUUAACAAGGUGAAGAAGUCCAGAAGGCGUAACAACAAGAAGAACUAAGUCCGAGGAACGUUUUCUACCAGGCCAAGCAUCCUGGGGUCCAACCUGUGUACCUCUCUACCACUGCUAUGGAUGUAUGUAAACACGCUGUAUGUACCCGUCCACUUCUCUGGACCGCUUGCACAACCAGCACUUCGACGCCAAUCUGUGCCGCCACCCGACAUGGGCCCCUCUGGACUUCCACUGACUCGUCCCCCACGCUCUAUGGUGGCACCAAGUGCAAUUAAAGCCUAGCUUGGGAUAACGGACGCAUCAUGAUGUUUAUUGUGUCUUAGUGAGCGCUAGGUCAACGCGUGUGUGUGUGCGUGUGUGUGUGCGUGUGUGUGUGUGUGUGUGUGUGUGUGUGUGUGUGUGUGUGUGUGUGUGUGUGUGUGUGUGUGUGUGUGUGUGUGUGUAGAAAAAAGAGCAUGUGGAGCUUUCUUUCCUAUUGGCAAGUGCUUAUGGGGAGAGAAUCAAGUCAGAUGUCCUAUAAACAAUAGGCCCUUUUCCACCAAAUGUUUGGUUCCUGGAUCUAUAGGUUCCUGUAGAAGUGUGUGGUUUGUGUUUCCACCGCAUUUCACAGUUCAGGUUAGUUUAUACUAGAGACGUCCGAUAAUAUCAGACUGCCGAUAUUAUCGGCCGAUAAAUGCUUUAAAAUGUAAUAUCGGAAAUUAUCGGUAUCGGUUUCAAAAAGUAAAAUGUAUGACUUUUUAAAACGCCACUGUACGGAGUGGUACACGGACGUAGGGAGAAGUACAGAGCGCCAAUAAACCUUAAAGGCACCGCCUUUGCGUGCCAGCCCAAUCACAUAAUAUCUACGACUUUUCACACGCAAAGGUGAAUGCAUGCAUACUUGGUCAUCAGCCAUACAGGUCACACUGAGGGUGGACGUAUAAACAACUUUAACACUGUUACAAAUAUGCGCCACACUGUGAACCCACACCAAACAAGAAUGACAAACACAUUUCGGGAGAACAUUCGCACCGUAACACAACAUAAACGCAACAGAACAAAUACCCAGAACCCCUUGCAGCAUUAACUCUUCCGGGAUGCUACACUAUACACCACCCGCUACCCCCUAGCCCCCCCCCACCUCAACCUCUUCAUGCUCUCUCAGGGAGAGCAUGUCCCAAAUUCCAAUCUGCUGUUUUGAGGCAUGUUAAAAAAAAUAAUGCACUUUGUGACUUCAAUAAUAAAUAUGGCAGUGCCAUGUUGGCAUUUUUUUCCAUAACUUGAGUUGAUUUAUUUUGGAAAACCUUGUUACAUUGUUUAAUGCAUCCAGCGGGGCAUCACAACAAAAUUAGGCAUAAUAAUGUGUUAAUUCCACGACUGUAUAUAUCGGUUGAUAUCGGAAUCGGUAAUUAAGAGUUGGACAAUAUCGGAAUAUCGGAUAUUAUCGGACAUCUGUAGUUUAUACAAAUCAGGCUUAUGACGUAUGGACAGUGGCGGGCCGUGCGUUUCACACCUAGGCCUUCAGUGAUGUCCGACUUCAAUGAUUAUCUCUCAAAAUACCAUCAUUGAUGUCAUUGCUGGAGAAAUACUAUACUGGAACGCGUUUACGCACUACCGGGCAUUGUACAAAACGGGUUAUUUUCUGGCGCAUUCAAAAAUCAAUAAACCCGCAUCAGCAAUUAAAACAUAUCUUAUGUGGUAAGAACUCCGAAAGGUUCUUCAAGAACUAAAUCUACCCGGGUAGUUUUAGGUGGGAACACAGGGGGAACUUUAAGUGGGGAAGUUCCUAAAAAAAAAAAAAAAGUUCCUGCGGUGGAAAAGGGCCUAUUCAAUAUAUUCUUUGUUGGCAGGUAACAAUAACAACUCUCCCAAUGUCUUUUAAAUAAGCAAAUAUUUACCGCUGGAUCAAAUGUGUUAAGUAAAUAUGAAAGUGGCACUCUUAUAAAAAAUGUUGUGACAAGCACUGAUCAUGUGGUGCAACAACUUUAUAUUUUCAUGUAAAAACUACAGGUAGCAAUGUGUUCAUAUUCACUAGCUUGCAAAUUUAUGGCAAUCAAAUGUGAAUUAUAACAUGUUAAUGUCAUCGAGUGCAGACAGACGGAUUGAAUAAGUGGAGUAUUGUCAAAGUUAAAGUACCAAUGAUUGUCACACACACACGAGGUGUGGCCAAAUGAUUCUCUGCAUUUGACCCAUCACCCUUGAUUACCCCCUGGGAGGUGAGGGGAGCAGUGAGCAGCAGCGGUGGCCGCGCCCGGGAAUCAUUUUUGGUGAUUUAACCCCCAAUUCAAACCCUUGAUGCUGAGUGCCAAGCAGGGAGGUAAUGGGUCCCAUUGGUGUAUAUGUAUUGUUUAUUAAUGCAGAUUUUGCUGACUGAACAUAUCGCUAUAGAGACCAAAUAUUUAUUCAGUGUCACAAGUACAAACCUCAGCAAAACAAUCGCAAUUCUGAACCUGUUUUUUUUUACCAUUUUUACACGGCAGCGGAGACUGAAUUGUUGACAAUUUGAAAAAAUAUUGUCAAAAAGAGAACGUCCAUGACGGCAAAAAGAAAGUUUGGAUGAUUUUUUUUUUUAUACAUAGAAAUAUAUAUUUUUGAGCCACUUUAUUACCUGUUAUUUCUUGGGAAUGUUACUGUUUUAUUUUUAUAUUGUAUGUGUUCUCACUGAAUUGCUUUUUUUUUUUUUUUUUUUUAAAUGCAACAUACAUUACUGGUCAAUACUACAGCAAAUGAAGGCUAGAAUAUUUUAAACUUCCAGCAGUAUUAAGCUACUGUGCAUUACGUUCUGAAUUCCAUUUCUAGUUAUUGGUUCCAAAACAAUAUGCAACGCAGAAAUCAAAAGAUUUUUUUUUUUUUAUUUCAACAAUGUUGCUGCUCAAACGCAAGUUAAUUAAAUACUGUCCUCCUAU